CGCGCGAGGGAUUGUGGGGCGUCGGGGAGGCGACAAGAAGCGGCGGCAAAGGCAGCGAUCCGAGCAGCGCGGUGCAUGGUGGGAUUCCAGGUUAAGGAGGCGGGGAACGCGGCGAGGAGCAAUGACUUGUGGGAUACAGGGAGGCUCUGGGAAGCAUCAUCGGCCUAACGGAUACGGGGGAACAGACGAGCAGUGCAUUGUGGGGGUGGAAGUUGUAAGAACUUUGGGUGCAGGCACGUUCGUGGUUUCUUUGCCCAACCGCGUUCGUGAGGGCGGUUCCCUCGGCGAGGGCAGCAUCAUAGAACUCCGGAGCGGGAAUGUUCUUCUGUGUAGAGAGACACCCAAUCUCUGCCCAGCCCCGAGCUUUGACCUUCUUCUCCAUACCCCCCCCCGCUUUUCCCUUCUUAGAGUUACUUGUUGUAUUGCUUGAAGAUUAUGGAUACGGUCCUGUACACGCUUACCUGGAAGUAAGCUUCAGUGAACUCAUUACGACCUACUUGCGAGGAAAUAUGCACAAGUUCGAGGAUGGUGCUCCAUGGGUGGAGACUUCUGCGAUUUCCCCAUUGUUAUGGACGGACCACUAUCUGGUUAAGGUUGGACUCAUGACCACGUCCCAGACCAGUUAGGAUUGUCUGCCCGGAUUCCAAGAAGCCUUGGAGGGAUUUAGUGUUGGCUCUGCUGGUGAUCCUAUUGACACUCUGGUGGAGAAUUGGAAUAAUCAACUCACCAGGGCAGUGGGCACAAUCGCUCCUAAGCAUCCUCUCCGACCCGCUUCAAAACUGUCACCUUGGUAUAUGGAAGAACUAUGAGGGCUGAAGCGGUGAGGUAGAUGACUAAAGCGCAAGUGGGAAAAGACUCGAUAAAUCCGACAGACUAUUACAUAGAGUGCGUUUGAAGAUCUAUGCUCAGGAACAUUCUGCUGAACUGUAGAGCAGUGGCCAAAGUCCACCCAAGUGAAUGGAAUUCUCAUCAGCAUCUAGAUUUCAUUUAGAUGUUCAGCACACUUGUCUUGAUCUGCUAGCAUCCGGACAUGUCAUUCAUUGCGCUUCAGCCUGGUGGACUGCUGUGAGAUCAGGACUCCUUAGGAAUCUCUAGAAGCCAGGAGUGUGUUCAGGGCACACCAGAGGACCAGCUAUCAUGGAGUAUCAGUGAAACAGAGUUCCUAGAGAUACUGAUAGAAGUCUGGAGUUCUUGGAGAAUCAGAAGAAAGAGAACUGAAUCAGAUGGGAGUGAGCAGUUUGACGGAUGGCUUGGCUGCCAAAUGGUGAUGCAGCAUGACCCAUUUGAUGAAAAUAGUGAACUGCUAUAGAAGAUGGGUACAUUUAUGAAAAAUAUCCUAUGGCUAACAACUCAGGCCAUGGCCUCUGUCUUUAAAGGCUUGCCUGGCAUUGGCAGAGCCUGUUGGCAGCCCAGUUCUCGGUUGACUAGUGAGGCCGGAUCUUCCCACAUGGCCCUCAGGGAACACGGGCUGCAUCUCUUCUGGAGUGCGGUUGGCACCGUCCAGCCAGGGCCCAUGCUGAAGCGGGCCCUUGUGCUUGAAAGAGGGCGGUGCCCACAGCUUGUGUUGUCGGGCCAGCCUUUUGAACUGAGGAAGAACUUGUAUCUGGUUGGCUUUGGGAAGGCUGUUCUGCCCAUGGCCGCUGUGACAGAGGACAUCCUUGGCGACUACCUUGUAAAGGGAAUAAUUAGUGUGCCUCGAGGCAUCCAAGCAACGCUCCAGCACAAAGGAAUGAGUGAGAUGUUGCUGAAGCCCCAAAGCCGCAUCCUAGUUAUGGAAGGAGCUAAGCACAACCUUCCUGACAGAGAAGCGAUGGAGGCAGCUAGCGCUAUCCAGGAUCUGGCCAAGGGCUUGACAGCAGAAGACCUCCUCCUGGUGUUGAUCUCAGGAGGUGGGUCAGCACUUUUACCUGCUCCCAUACCUCCAGUCACCCUUGAAGAGAAAGAGACCAUCACCAGGCUACUGGCUUCAAAGGGCGCCACCAUUCAAGAGCUGAAUACCAUCCGGAAGGCCCUCUCCUUGUUAAAAGGCGGGGGGCUGGCACAGGUGGCCUAUCCUGCACAGGUGUUGAGCCUCAUCCUCUCUGAUGUCAUUGGAGAUCCCGUGGACAUUAUAGCCAGCGGCCCCACUGUGGCUAGUUCUCACAGUGUCCAGGACUGUUUUCAGAUACUGGCCAAAUACAAUCUGCUGAACAACUUGCCGAAGUCUGUGGAGAUGGUGCUCUCCAACUCUGCCACAGAAUGCAACAUUUCCAAAGACUAUUCCCAUGUCUACAAUGUCAUCAUUGGCUCUAACAGAUUAGCUUUAGAGGAGGCCAAAUGCCAAGCAGAAGAUCUGGGGUACCUAACGGUGGUCCUAAGCACUGCAGUGUGUGGGGAGGUUAGCACUGUGGCUCAUCUCUACAGCCUGAUUAUUCAGCUCGUUUGCUUGAAUGUCAUGGGAGCCUCUGGAAACAGCUCUUUAAAAGACGAGGUGAAAAGUGCACUCUCGAAUCUUGUAGCAAAGCUGGAGAUCCCAAGUUUAAACCUCAUGGAGGCUUUAAAAACAUUGCAGGGCUCUCAAGCUGAAAAACCCAUCUGUCUUCUAGCUGGUGGAGAAACUACUGUGCACCUCCAGGGAAAUGGGAAAGGUGGAAGGAACCAAGAACUGGCUUUGCGCGUAGCCUUGGAGUUGCACAGAGCGAAGACCACUGCGGACGGCAGCUUCCUUGGGAGAUACGAAGUUGUCUUCCUGAGUGGUGGGACUGAUGGACAGGAUGGGCCAACCGAGGCCGCUGGGGCCUUUUCUAGCCACAAGCUGGUAGCUGAGGCUGAGCAAGAAGGUUUCAAUGUGGAGUCUUUUUUGAAGAAUAACGAUUCAUACACAUUCUUCACCCAGUUCCAGAGCGGCCGGCACCUUUUGAUGACAGGCCUGACAAGCACAAAUGUCAUGGACAUUCAUGCUGUUUUAAUCAGAGCCAGAAGUGGUUAGUGAGUGAUGCACCUUUCAGAUUCUGCAGAGAAGGAAGAGCAUCAAAGCUGGGCAUAUCUAGGCUGCAUAAAUUGGGGAGUGCUGCUAUCCUGAUUGCUAAUCUCAGUAGUUUCAUUUUCUUUAAUUAGGCUGAGGCAAAGGUAACCAUAGCACCAGCAACCAGGAUAUAUCAAGGCUGCAUUAGUACCUUCCAGCCAGAGAGUCCUAAGAGAGGAGAGCUGGUUUUGUGGCAGCAAGCAUGACUUGUCCCCUUAGCUAAGCAGAGUCCGCCCUGGUUGCAUAUGAAUGGGUGACUUGAUCUGUGAACACUUCAUGAUCUUCCCCUUAGGCCCUUGGGCAUGCAUCCUUUGCAAGGUCAUUGGGAAAGCAACUAAUCAGAUCCAUAGGAUGAUGUGACAUGACAUAAGAGAGGAGAGCUGGUCUUGUGGUAGCAAGCAUGACUUGUCCCCUUAGCUAAGCAGGGUCUGCCCUGGUUGCAUAUGAAUGGGAGACUAGAAGUGUGAGCACUGUAAGAUCUUCCUCUUAGGGGAUGGAGCCGCUCUGGGAAGAGCAGAAAGUUUCAAGUUUCCUCCCUGGCUUCUCCAAGAUAGUGCUGAGAGAGAUUCCUGCCUGCAACCUUGGAGAAGCUGCUGCCAGCUGCUGCCAAGACAAUAAUGAGCUAACAGACCAAUGGUCUGACUCAGUAUGUGGCAGCUUCCUGUGUUCCUAGAACACAUUUGUAGUAAGAGAGAUUGCUUUGAUUUCAGACAUAGAAGCUAUUACAAUCGCGCGGGUGGGAAGGCCGGGUGGAACCUACCUUCCCUGCAGAUGAUUCCUGAAGGUCCUUUUCAGUGCACCACCACAUGCCACACGAUCUGUGCUGCACGGAGUAGCGUGGAUCUCUGGAGGCUAGGACUUCUUGUCCCAGCCUCUGGAUAUCCCACAAUGCACUACGCGAUGAGCAUGGUACAUUGGGGGAUAUCCCCAUGCGACAGGUGCUCUAGGCGUCCGUCUCUGAGUAUACACACAGACUCCAUACCUGGGGGUGGGGAAACAAAUCCCAGGUAUAAGCCCCGGUACAAAACCCAGGCUUGCGGGGAAGGCAGCGCCAGGAUCAGGAUCGAUCCCAGUGCUGCACACAAGCAGCCUUACCCAGGUAGGGCUUCCCGAACCCAGGUAGGGCUGCUCAUGUGCAUAGCUUUAUAUAGUGCUUGUGUGGUCCCUGUGCUAUUCCAUACUAAUCUUGCACUGUAGCAACUGGGUUGACCUCAUAGAAAGAGGAGAGUAAUCACUUUAGAUCCUACAUUACCAAGCCUCAGUAUGUUUACUCAGAAGUAAGUCCCAUUGAGUUCAGCAUUAACUAAUUCUAAAUAAGUAUAUCGGAUUGCAGCCUUACUGUUGUAUUGUAGCACAAACUUUUAUAGGUAUCGGCUUACUUCAGAAAGUGCAUGAAUUCAGAGCUCACCUGAAUGAGUCUGUCAGUUUGGCAUUUCACAGUCCUACUGCCAAGCAUCAGGGGCAGAAGAUGUGCCUCCCUUUAAUGUUUCCCUCUCCUUUCCAGUUUGAUGUCUGUAACCACAUAUUUAUCCAAGGUCUGUUUUUUUGUUACGUGUAUAUCUAUAAAGUUACUAAGGCUCAUUUGUUGUACUGACUCUAUUAAGCACAGCUAGCCUUUGAGGUGGUCAGACCUCUACUCCUUGAAUGUUAUUCCUGUAGUGUUAUUAUGCUUUAAAUACUUGUGAGUUGUGGAGUUAGGAGUGUUCAAACAUUUUACUUUUCUGUUGUAAAAGCAAAUAAGGAUUGUUAUAAUGGUAAAUGCUAGCCUCUUGAUCCUGCAGUGGGCACUCCUGUGGGAGUUAGAUGCUAGGCAGCACUGAACUCUAGAACUCCCAGCCUAAAGGGGAAAAAAUAAAAUAAAAACAAAAGCAAUUAAGAGAGGAAAGUGAAAUCAGCAUUUCACCACGUCCAUAUAAUAGUACUGCCUAUUAUUACAUAGCUUUCUCAUUGUCUGUUGGGUUUUUGUGAAAGUAUAGAGGAAAUACAAUAUAUGCUUAUUCUGUAUAUUUGUUUUGACAUUCUUGAAUAUUGUACAACCAUUAUGUUUGUCCACAGUGCCAUGUUUUAAUAUAAGUAUACUGGAAGGACAUUCCAAAGAUAGGGGGUCACCACUGAGAAAGCCCCAUCCCUGGCCCCCACUAACCAAAUAUGUGCCAUUAAUGGGGCCAAGACCAGGGCCUGUGUUGAGGAUCUGAAGAUUUUGGCAAAUUCAUUAUGGGUGAACUGUUACACCUAGGAAUGGAUAUGGAUCCCAGUUAUGUAUGCAGUUGGGCAAAUAAUCUAAAUCCAGAUCCAAGUCAAUGGAACUUUAUCUGGAGCGGUUCUGAUACCUAUACAGUGUCCUCAGGCUUAUGGGAGAAUUGUUAUGAGGCUAUUACACAGUUAAGUACAUUGGUAGAAGCGCAUCUGUGCUGUGUGCAGAAUGUCCUGGGCUCAAUCCCUGGCGGCAACUCUAGGUAGGACUGGAAACACUGUCUGAAACACUGGAGAGCCCCUGCCAAUAGGUAUACACCAUACUGACCUAGAUGGUCCAAACGUCUGAUGGUCCAAACGUCUAUUAUUCAGUGAGGCUAUUCCCCCAAUCACUGGAAAGGGGGCUAAGGGGGCUUAGCCUGCUUUCCAGGGAUCAUGGGAACCACCAGGUUCACAGGCGAGUCCGGUGCUCCCAAGGCAGCUAGCCCGCCUAAUUCCCCCUCCCCUUAAAUGAGGUAAACGGAGCAAGCACUCCGUUAACCUCAUUUGGUUGCUUGUGUGUCGCCACAGCGCAUGGCAACACUGACCCCUGUCUGAGAGGCUGCAAGCAGCCUUCCAGGCUUGGGGGUCUCUCCAGGAUGCCCUACUCACUCGCGCAGGGCACCCUGGACCUUCCAGGGGUUGCAUAGUCCCCGAUACCUGCAGCCCCCGCCUGCUCUGUGACGGAGCCAGCAGACAUGUGGCCGGCUGAUCCAGCUGCCCAGGGCUGCCUUUUGGUUGUCUGCGGGGAGAGCGGGCUCAGCCAGGAUGUGGUAGCUUCAUGUAUUCAGUGGUAUUUAACACCUUAUAGACUCUCUAAAAUUUGUCAACAUUUUGUGUGAGAAGUGUGAAAGCAAGGGAGGAGGAUGAUAUUAUUAAACUUUAUAUUAGUG